AUGGCUACACCUCGUCAAAAGAAAGCAAGAAGAAGCACAAACAAGAACACAAGAAGAACAGCAGAUAGACAUAGAAAAAGAGUUACUAUUACAGGAAAUGCGAUUAUCAAAGCCAACUGGGAUAAAAGAUUAACAUUAAAGCAAAAUUAUGCUAAGCUCGGAUUACUGCCAUCCUUAAAUGGUCAAACGGGAGGCACAGAGAAGAAUAUGCCUGAUCAACCACAACAGACGGAGGAAGCCAGUAUUCCAAAAGAACUGACCGAGGAAGAGAUCGAAAAGAUAAAAAAGUCUCUGCGGCCAGGGGAAGGUUUAAUUCAACGUGACGACGAAGGCAAUGUCAUACGAGUGAUAGUGGGUGAAGCCAAGAGCCAUGAUGAAAUCUUGGAUGAAGAAGUACCUCCUGUGGAAGCAAAGACAGAUAUAGUCCGACAACUUGAAGAACAGGCUGCUAAUGCUUUCCAUCGUGAAAAGCAUCAAUCAGAUUUUGAAACAGAUUGGAUCAAGAAAUUGAUUGAUAAGCAUGGAGACGACUAUAAGGCCAUGUUUUGGGAUAAGGAAUUAAACAUAUAUCAACACACAGCAGCACAAUUAAAAAAGAAGUGCCAAAAGUAUCUUCAACAUCAAUAA